CGCGACUGCUCGUCAGUUCAUUCCUUCCCCGUAUUUCCGAAUCGUCGGAUCCAGCCACGCACUCUCGGCCCUUGGGUUCUAUUCGUCGAAUACCUGUGGCCUUCGUCAUCGUCGUCAACGUCGUUCGACGCCGAAGUCCUCCCGUAACUCGUCCCUAGGUAAGUCCGAGUUCGUUGCACUCGGGCGGCCAGGCCAGGAGAAAAGGAACUACCUUCCUUCGAAACCCCACAACAUCCUCAAGGACCGCUUCUUCAGUCCGGGAGUAUGAGGGCUAUUUGCUUACUCCUGCUCGGCGUCGCCGUCGUGAGUGCCCAGCGUCGUUUAGCCUUGCCCGAUCCGCGAAGCUGCGCGAGCCGCGUUCGUCACGCAUCGUACAGGGAUGGCAGGGGGGUCGCUCACUCAUACUUCUUCAGCUGGGAACAUCAGCCGACCAGAAGUCUUGAGGUUGACUGGCUGGACGCUCGCAACAUCUGCCGUCGUCACUGCAUGGACGCUGUGUCCCUGGAGACUCCACAAGAGAACGAAUACAUCAAGCAGAGAGUAGCGAGAGGAAACGUAAGAUACAUUUGGACGUCUGGUCGCAAGUGCAACUUCAACGGUUGCGACCGAGCUGAUCUCCAGCCCCAGAACAUCAACGGAUGGUUCUGGUCCGGAUCUGGCGCCAAGAUCGGACCAACGACCCAACGUAACUCCGGAGACUGGAGCAAUACAGGAGGAUACGGUCAGCCACAACCGGACAAUCGCGAGGCUGCACAGGGUAAUGACGAGUCUUGCCUGUCUAUCUUGAACAACUUCUACAACGACGGCAUCAAGUGGCACGACGUGGCGUGUCAUCACGUGAAGCCCUUCGUGUGCGAGGACAGCGACGAGCUCCUCAACUUCGUCGCGUCCCGAAAUCCAGGGCUCCGUUUGUGAAAGGCGACCGCGGCGGACUCUCGGGCAAGCAGACUAUCGUCGUGCAUCGAAGAAAGAAGCGCGAGGAACGGAGACGCGGCGGUGUUACACGAGCGGUGUUACCGUGCGCUCGCGCGCGCACACGUCUCUGUCUCUCUACUCUUUCUCUCUGUCGCACCUUUAUUUAUAAUUACAUACUAACCGAUAUCUCCUUCUUUUUAACGGCCGCGAUUGUAGUGCUACGCGAUUCACCGUAAGCGGAAUGAUAGGUAGCUCGAAUGCAUUUAGUAUUAUAUACAACGUAAUUCUUGUAAUUUUUGUAUUCUUUUCGUAAGAGAAUAAAUGCAUUAUCUCAUUUGUA